AUGCAGCUGCAGUUAGAAACUGUGGUGCAAAGCACGCGUAAGUGAAUAUGAAUUCUUGUAAAAUGGCACUGCAGACUAAAAUGCCUCAAAUUCUGUUGAACAGAGUGAACGCUAAAAACUUUCACAGUUCUAGAUUGAAGGGAAAAGUAGCAAUUGUUACAGCCUCAACAGAUGGGAUUGGAUAUGCGAUUGCAAAACGUCUUGGCAACGAAGGUGCGUCAGUUGUAAUUAGCAGCAGAAAGGAAGACAACGUUAAGAAAGCGACAGAAACUUUACGCAACGACGGUAUUCAAGUUGAAGGUGUUGUUUGUCAUGUUGGCAAUGCGGACCACAGAAAAAAAUUAUUCGAAGUUGCCCGAAGUAAAUUUGGUGGCGUCGACAUACUUGUGUCUAACGCCGCUGUGAAUCCUGCGGUAUCACCUGUAUUGGAGACUGAUGAAAAAGUUUGGGAUAAAAUAUUUGAAAUCAACGUGAAAUGUUCAUGGUUACUCGCUAAAGAGGCUUAUCCAGAGUUGUUAAGAAGAGGCGGCGGUAAUAUUGUUUUCAUUUCAUCUAUAGCCGCUUAUCAACCAAUGGAGCCCCUGGGACCAUACAGCAUCAGCAAAACAACCCUGCUUGGUCUCACUAACGCAAUAGCAAAUGAAGUAGCCCACGAAAAUAUCAGAGUUAAUUGUGUAGCGCCUGGAAUUGUCGCAACUAAAUUUGCUUCAGCGAUAACAUCUUCAGACAUAGGAAAAGAGAAGUCUUUGUCUAAUGUGCCUUUGAAAAGGUUUGGGAAAACAGAUGAAAUCGCUGGGGCCGUAGCUUUUCUAGUAUCAGAUGAUGCUGCAUAUAUGACUGGAGAAACAUUGGUUGUUGCUGGAGGAAUGCAUGCACACUUAUAGUUUUUUUUUUUCAGAAAAUUUUUCAUCAAAUCGGAAAGGGUACUUGGGAGUUCUGGAUUUUUGUUCUUAAUAUUAUGUGGGUUUUUGAUUUGUAAACAAGACACUUAGUUGUAAGUGAUAAAGUUUUAUUCAUCAUCGUCAGAGUCUAAUAAAUCCAUUUUAUUAAU